AUGUCAGGAACCCCUAUUAUUCUCCCCUUUAUUGCAUACUCACAUAAGCAUGCAGUCAAUCCUACUGACCUGGCUACCCGGACUCGUGCUUCUAUCACCACCACCAAAGGUUCUGCUUUUCAUACAUCCUCUCAAAAAUCCGCAUGGAUUAUAGACUCGGGUUCUACGGAUCACAUGACAUUUAAUCUUGGCCAACUUAUUAGUCGCAAAUCAUCCACUCCGUCGGUGGUGUCUAAUGCUAAUGGUACCCCAUCCCUUGUGGUUGGGGAGGGCUCUUUAUCUCUCUCUACUUCCCUACAACUAAAUUCUGUAUUUCUUGUUCCAUCUUUAGACCAUAACUUGUUGACAUCCUCACAGGAAAGACGAUUGGUUGUGGUACUCGGUAGGGCAAACUCUACUACUUGGACUGGGCACCGGAUAGUGAGAUCAAGGUUAGUCAAGCUUUCACAACCAGUGGAACUCAUUCUAAAGGGGAGAGGGACAAAGUUUGGUUAUGGCAUAAACGUCUUGGGCAUGCCUCGUUCAGGACCUACUAAAAUUGCUACUCCAACAGGAGCUCGAUGA